AAGCGGGCGGUUCUUCGGGCCAACCGCGCCCCUCGCGGAUUAUAAAUGGGGCACGGAUGCCUUCGGUGAGGCCUUAACAAACUCAGAAGGACGCUGCAAGCCUGGAAGAGUGGGCCGGUCACUGCUGCAACAAAUCAUGGCACCAGCUGGAGCAAAGAAGGGCAUUUUGGAGCGUCUGGAUGGAGGAGAGGUCGUCAUCGGGGACGGAGGCUUCGUCUUCGCCCUGGAGAAGAGGGGGUAUGUCAAAGCAGGGCCGUGGACACCUGAGGCUGCUGCCGAGCACCCGGAGGCUGUGCGUCAGCUGCACAGAGAGUUCCUGAGGGCAGGCGCCAAUGUCAUGCAGACGUUCACCUUCUACGCGAGCGACGACAAACUGGUGAACAGAGGCCACACUCAGCGCUUCACCGGGCAGCAAAUAAACGAGGCAGCAUGUAACCUGGCCAGAGAGGUGGCCAAUGAAGGUGAUGGUCUGGUGGCAGGAGGGGUCUCUCAGACUCCCUCUUACCUCAGCUGCAAGAGUGAGAACGACGUCAAGGCCACCUUUAAGAAGCAGCUGGAUGUCUUUGUCCAGAAAAACGUGGACUUCUUGAUUGCAGAGUACUUUGAGCAUGUGGAGGAAGCUGAGUGGGCAGUCCAGGUUUUGAAGACCACCGGCAAGCCAGUGGCUGCAACCCUCUGCAUUGGACCCGGGGGAGACCUGAACGGCGUCUCCCCUGGGGACUGCGCCGUCAAACUCGUCAGAGCUGGGGCUCAGAUUGUGGGCAUCAACUGCCACUUUGACCCAGAGACCUGUGUGAAGACUGUGAAGAUGAUGAAGGAGGGAGUGGAGAAGGCCGGACUGAAGGCUCACUACAUGUGCCAGCCACUGGCCUACCACACUCCCGACUGCAACUGCCAGGGUUUCAUUGAUCUGCCGGAGUUCCCCUUCAGUCUGGAGCCGAGGAUCCUGACCAGAUGGGACAUGCAGAAAUACGCCCGGGAAGCGUACAAUGCUGGCAUUCGUUAUAUCGGGGGCUGCUGCGGAUUCGAACCCUAUCACAUCCGUGCCCUGGCUGAGGAGCUGGCACCCGAGAGGGGUCUCCUGCCUGCUGGCUCGGAGAAGCACGGCAACUGGGGUAGUGGCCUGGAAAUGCACACAAAGCCUUGGGUCAGAGCUAGGGCCCGUCGUGACUACUGGGAGAAGCUGAAGCCUGCGUCUGGCCGUCCCCUCUGCGCCUCCAUGUCCAACCCUGAUGGCUGGGGCGUCACCAAAGGCCACGUCGACCUGAUGCAGCAGAAGGAGGCCACCUCCAAGGAGCAGCUGAGGGUUCUCUUUGACAAGGCCAACAAAGGCCACUGAGCCCCCCCCCCGAGGCAGACAGAAGGAAGCCGGGGGGUGGCGUGUGAGGAGACACACGCCCACACACCCUCGAUUAUACAUACCAAAAUGAGUAUUAAAAGUUCUUCUUACUUCUGGCUUUUUAUGGACCUUUUUUUUUUUUUUUUUUACUAACCUUUCAAAUGAGCUUUUCAGCCUUAACCAACAUUGAGUGCCUCUGUCGGUGCCAUGAUCCGAUCUGUGCCCCUUGUGAAAUUACAACGCUCAAUAGAGCAGCUGUAAUGACCUAACACUCCGAAAAAGUGCUUGUUGUCUUGAAGAAUUGAACUAUAUGUAGCAAUAAACUUCCAAUUGUAAAAA